CAUCUCGUCUCACCUUCCUUAUUUUCUCUCUCUAGUUCUAUUCUCUCUCUACUGUUAUACUGUCGAGCCAAACACGCCCUUAAUCUCUCUCUAAAACCAAACAUAAUCCUCACCGUUGGAUUUGUUUUGUCCCUUUGAAAAUAAUCUUUAAUAAUGGACCAGAACUCUAGACAAAAUAAAAAGCGAGUCCGCGAGGAUGACUCGGGGUGUAACUCGCCUGAGUCUAAACUCGUUCGAGUUGAUUCGUUUGAGAAGGUGACGGAGACCUCUCCGGAUAUGAAAGAUGGCUCGGGAAUUGACUCCGGUGUUGACUCGGAUGUGAGCUCGCCUGAGGCGAAGCGCUUAGAGGACGAUUUGUUUAACAUUUUUGACGAGUCGGAUGAGCCGGUGAUUCAAGGUCUUGACUCGGUGAUUAAAAGCUUCGAAGAGGAAAUGCUCGUUCCGGUUGCUGACAUGGAAACGGUUAAUCCUGCAGGUGUAAUGUUGUGCGGUGGUUGUUCUCAGCCGGAUCUAGGUUACCUCCUUAAGGCGUCCGACGACGAGCUUGGUUUGCCGCCGAGCUUCUCCGGCGAGGAAGAUAAAGUUAGUGUUACCGACUUUACGGCGGAUACAGAGACGGAAACUAGCAGAUCUGGAUGUGGAAGCGCCGGCGGUUUUGGAGAGAUGCUAGGGUUUGAAAAAAAGAUACCGAAUUAUGACUCGUUUGAGUUUGGAUUCGGUGUCGACUCGGUUAGUCUUAGUUAUAAUGAUAGUGGUGAUUUUGUGGCGUUAGGAGGUUUGUUUGAUUAUUCCGACGAGAGUUUUGUUCCGGCGGAGAUGUCGGCUGUGCAGUGGCAGCCUGAGUCACUCUCUGCCUUGUAGUAAUGAAGAAAGAAAAUGCGAAACGUUUCGUAUGUUUUGAUGGUACGGAACGUUUCUUUUUUUAAAUCUGCUUGUCUAUAGUAGUUUGUAAAUUUGGAAAGAUCAAAAAAGGAAAGUAAAAGCAGGAAAAUAUCUUUAUUUCUAA